AUGCACUUGCAGUGAUUAUGUCAUGUGCAGCGCCUGCCGGUCAACCUUUCACCUACAUUCAGUGACAGCCGGCGUCUGUGUUGACGGUGGCAGCGCUCGUGUGAAAGAGGAACCGUCGGCAAAACAUUACAGAGUCAGUCCCCCUUUUUGAGCUGAAGACACAGCAGCUUGGAGAAAAUCAUUCAGACAUGUGGAUGAGUGCAUUCUCACGUUUUGCCCGGCCUGCUCUGCAGAGGAGCUCCUCUGUCAUGGCCUGCCAGGCUCUGAAGGCUUGCAGUAGACCAGGGCAGGCUGCACUUCCUCCAGCCUCUUGUGUGGCUUCAGCGCAGCUUCGAGGGCACCAGACCCUGGGAUCCGCCUCCCUCCCUCUGGCUCGGCACUCAGUGAGGCAUGUCCGAGCUCUGGAUGAGGAGAGGCUUAUGGAGGUGGAGUGGGAGGAUGGAGGCCAAAGUCUGUACCCAUUCACCUGGCUGAGAGACAACUGCCAGUGUCCAAUGUGUACUCUGGAGUCUGCUCAGGCUCGGAAACUGUUGAUGGCUGAUCUUGAUAUUCACACAGGAGUUGACGUAGUGGAGGUCACCAAUGACAACAAGGUGUCCAUUGUGUGGCCUGACCAGCACACCAGUGUGUAUGAUGCUGACUGGCUGAAGAAACGCUGUUUCUCUCCUGCUGCCAGACAAGCCGUGCAAGAAGAAUUUUUCCUCAAUGAGCGUUAUUACUGGGACUCCAAGCUGCACAUUCCCACAGCAGACUACCAGGAAGUCCUGCAUGAUGAUAAGGCGGCGCUGGCCUGGCUCACGGCCCUGCGUCGCAUUGGCAUCGUGUACCUGAAAGGGGCUCCAGCAGAGCAGGGCCAAGUGGCCAGGCUGGCAAAGAGGAUCGGCUAUCUCAGGCUGACAUUUUACGGGCACACAUGGCAGGUCCAGGACAAAUACAUGGCAAACAAUGUAGCCUAUACUUCAGGACGGCUCAGUCUCCACACUGACUACCCUGCACUGCACUUUGCACCUGGAGUGCAGUUUCUUCACUGCAUCAACCAGGCUGUGGAAGGAGGGGAGAGCGAGGUGGUGGACGGCUUCCACAUGGCCGAGCAGCUGCAGAGAGAAGACCCAGAGGCCUUCAGGACGCUCACCUCGCUCCCUGUGGACUUCACAGACACGGGGACGGACUACUGCGACUUCAUGCUGCAGUCCAAGAAGUGCAUCAUCGAUGUUGAUCCUGAGGGCCGAGUCGCGAGGGUAAACUACAACAAUGCCACCAGAGACUCGGUGCUGGACUUCCCCAUACACCAGGUGCAGCCCUUCUACAGAGCGCUAAAGGCCUAUGUAAAAAUCAUGAACCGACCAGAGAAUGUGGUCACAUACACCAUGCAGCCAGGUGACAUCGUGACCUUUGAUAACUGGCGUCUGCUGCACGGGCGGAGGAGUUACAUCAGCAGGCCGGAUAGGUUGAGACACCUGGAGGGAGCUUACCUGGACUGGGACGAAGUCAUGUCUCGCCUCCGGAUACUCCGUAGCUCCGUCAGCGAGAAUGCAUGAAGCGUCUAAACUGUGUUUAAAGUGGCUUCAAAGUACGAGAUCAGCUGAUCCUUAUUCAGAGGGCAAAGUGCAAAGAUAUUCAUCUGACAACAGAUGGAGAGCUGAAUCUCUGACUCUAGUCGAGCAUCAAAUCAUAUGAAAUUCUGUCAAUGAUUGAGGGUAAGGAUGCUUUUCUAUAGAUGGGUAAAACUCUGCAGAGUGUCUGCUGCCUUUCUGACACGUCUGUGUGCAACGCUUCAAUGCAAACAUCCAGAGAAACGCCUGGCUUUCAAAUUCAAAGAUGCUUUCAGAUCGCUGGUAACUACAUGUUUAUAAGCUGAAAAAAAUAUAUUUACAUUCUACAUUUGGGUUCUAAGCUUUAUGAUUAUUAUAUGAUGUAAUUAUUGUUUUUAUCUCUACUUUAAAUAUUCAGCACAAACUUUCUGUUCCCAAAAUUCCUCAUGCAAACAGAAUCUUCUAAUUCAUUUCUCACCACAGUCUGUAUCUUACCUUGGUUUACCAGUACAUACGCAGAGGUGGAAAAAAGAGAUGAUGUCUAACAGAUGUCAAAAUGUAUCCCUUCACUUCCCCUCACCUCCUGCUUCAGUGUCUCGCUACCUCUGCUUUUCUUUUUGUGCCAACAAACAGGAUUUCUUUUCCUCUCCCUGAACUCUGCAGAGAUUAAGUCUGAAUUCAAACUGCCUUAAGAUACAGCACAGGGCUGAUAGGCUGUAGUGGAAGUAGCAGGAUGGAGUAGCUGUAGUUUGAUUUAACUGACUCUUAAACAUAAAAACAAAGUUUUGGUUGUAUUGUUGAGAAAACUGCAUUUUCUAAAUUUAGGGCUUUUGAAACAUUGGGCAAAAUGAUGCAUUGAGAACAUUUUACAUGAAUCAUGUAAAAUGAAAAUUCCAGAGCUUCUCAAGUUGUUGUGUCAUCAAAGCUGACCUCAUUUUUAACUUGGCUUAAUCAUCCAAAUUAGCAUUUCAUAGAUGAAAGACAGCAACCAUUUUCUCCUGAAGCUUCUCAUUAUGACUAAAUAUGAUGAAGAUGGAUUGACCUUAAUCUGUGAUGCACAACAAAAGUUAAAAUCACAUUAUGAUGACGUGGUUACGUUUCACUGAGCGAAGAAACAUUUCAGUGAGUUCUGUUGAUUUUGGGGUGAUAGAAACUUUAAUUCUUUUACAAAGACACCAGCUCCCUUAAAAAGAAUAUUUUCUGAAGUUUAAGCGUCAUGCAUUACAAUGUCAUUCCCCCCAGGGUGCAGGUUAUAGUCAAAACUUCAUAGACUUUCAAAGCUCCUGUGAGUAACCAGUUUACGGCGGUUUAGCGCCCCCUUGUGGUCAAGAGGUAUCUCUUAUCUCUGUUCUUCUUGUCCUCGAGAUGUGAGUGUUUUUGCCAAAAUUUGUAUCUUUCUUUCUUUCUUUCUAAUGUGAAACUCUUCUCACUCACUUUGUAUCUUUGUCAGACAUGUAUCCAAAAGGCUGUUGCUGUAGAGUCCAGUUAUUCACUUUAUUCGACUCCUCCCCUCCUGUUCUCCUGUGUCCAAAGAACUGAGCAACACUUGUCUUUGAUUUUGCCCCGGAACUAAUUCAUCACAUUUUAUGUCAUUUACACGAUCAGUGUGUAGGAAUCAGGGCAUCAUUGGCAAAAAUGGGAUUUUCUAUUUAUUAAUAUAUUUUCAUGACUGUGUAAUUAUUAAAAAAGAGACACAGGUCCUCUUCGCUGAAGUCGUCAAUGCUUUAACUUCAUGUUUCUACAGCAGAGCCCAGAACAGACAAACUAAACCCUGAUAGGUGUAGUAUCCAAGUUGCAAAUCUAAGCUCUUGUACAUACUUGGAGAAGUUUUUACUUUAUUGUAAUUGAUGUCUUCACCACUAGAUAUCACUAAAUCUUAUUAAAGUGGCAGACAUAUUGGUGCACCAUCAUAGCCAAAACAACCAGGUGAAGUCUGCUCAGAUGUUAACAGGUAUGACUCACCUGAAAGCUUUUCCCCCUCCAGUCUUAAUAUGUUCAGUGGUUGUUCAGGUGUCAAGUGUUUUGUAAAAACAAGUUAAUGUCAUUGAAAACUCAAACAUGCAACAAUAAAUCUUCAACUGUC